AUGUCGCAAUCUACAGCAGUAGCGACCACAUCCCAAAAUACUGCACCAGAGAUUGCAUCUGAAACUACUACAGGAGAGACAAUGUCCCAAACUGCCACAGGUGUGACCAUCUCUCAAACUAUUGCAGUAGAGAUGUCCCAAAGUACAACAGUGGAGACUCAGUCCCAAAAGACAUCAAAUGAGACUACAGUGCAAACUACUGCAGGAGAGACCAUGUCCCAGAGUACAACAGGAGAGAUGAUGUCUCAAUCUAUCACAGGAGAGACCAUGACCCAAACAAUUGCACCAGUGACAUCAGCCCAAGCUACUACAGAGGAGCUGAGAUCUGAAACGAUUUCAGUAGUGACAAUAUCCCAAACUCCUGUAGAACAGACCAUGUUCCAAUCUUCAACUGAAGAGAUCACAUUCAAAACUACAACAGGAGAGACUAUGUCCCAAUCUACAGCAGUAGAGACCACAUCCCAAAAUACUGCAUCUGCGAUCACAUCUGAAUCUACUACAGGAGAGACAAUGUCCCAAACAGCCACUGGUGUGACCAUCUCUCAAACUAUUGCAGUAGAGAUGAUAUCCCAAAGUACAACAGUGGAGACUCAGUCCCAAAAGACAUUAAGAGAGACUACAGUGCAAACUAAUGCAGGAGAGACCAUGUCCCAGAGAACAGCAGGAGCGACAACGGCUCAAUCUACUACAGGAGAGUCCACGUCCAGAGCAAAUGCAGGAGAGAGCACGGUCCAAUCAACUGGAGGUGAGAGAACAUCUCAAACUACUGCUGGUGACAAGACAUCCAAAACUACUACAAGAGAGACAAUGUCCCAAACUCCUGCAGGAGAAACCACAUCUAUACCUACUGAAGGAGAGACCACAUCUCAAUCUACAACAGGGCAGACAAUGUCCCAAACUACUGCAGGAGAGACCACGUCCCAGAGUACAACAGGAGAGAUGAUGUCUCAAUCUAUCACAGGAGAGACCAUGACCCAAACAAUUGCACCGGUGACAUCAGCCCAAGCUACUACAGAGGAGCUGACAUCUGAAACUAUUUCAGUAGUGACAAUAUCCCAAACUCCUGUAGAACAGACCAUGUUCCAAUCUUCAACUGAAGAGAUCACAUUCAAAACUACAACAGGAGAGACUAUGUCCCAAUCUACAGCAGUAGAGACCACAUCCCAAAAUACUGCACCUGAGAUCACAUCUGAAUCUACUACAGGAGAGACAAUGUCCCUAACUGCCAUAGGUGAGACCACCUCCCAAACUAUUGCAGUAGAGAUGAUCUCCCAAAGUACAACAGUGGAGACUCAGUCCCAAAGUACAUCAAGAGAGGCUAUAGUGCAUACUACUGCAGGAGAGACAACGUCCAGUAUUAAUGCAGGAGAGAGCACGGCCAAUUCUACUGGAGGAGAGACAACAUCACAAACUAGUGCUGGAGAGAUGGCUUCUGAAAUUACUAUAGGAGAGACAAUGUCCCAAACUCCAGCAGGAGAAUUCACAUCCAUAACCACAGAAGGAGAGACCACAUCCCAACGUACAACACGACAGAUAUCGUUUCAAACUACGACAGGAGAGAUCAUAUCCCAAACUUCUGAAGGUGCGACAACAUCCCAAACUAUCAUAGAAGAGAGCUUGUCUCAAACUACAAUAGGACAGACGAUAUCGCAAAUUACUGCAGGAGAGACAACGGCCGAAACGACUGCAGCAGAGAACACCGCCCAAACUUCUGCAGGAGAGACAACGAUAAAAACAACUACAGGAGAGAUCGUGUCUCCAACUACUGCAGAAGAGACUACAUCACGAACUAUUGAAGUAGAGACCAUGUCCCAAUCUACAACAGGAAAAAUAAUUUCCCAAAGUACUGAAGAAGAAAGCACAUCUAAAAUUACCAUAGGAGAGACCGCGUCCCAAACUACUACAGGAGAGACCAUGUCCAGAAUUACAACAGGGGAGAUGAUGUUUCAAUCUACUACAGGAGAGACCACAACCCAAACAAUUGCACCUGUGACUACGGCCCAAGCUACUGCAGGAGUGCUGACAUCUGAAAUUACUACAGCAGAGACAAUGUCCCAAACUAGUUCAGUAGUGACAACAUCCCAACCUACUGCAGAACAGACCAUGUUCCAAUCUUCUACUGAAGAGACCACAUUCCAAACUACAACUGGAGAGGCCAUGUCGCAAUCUACAGCAGUAGAGACCGCAUCCCAAAAUACUGCACCAGAGAUUGCAUCUGAAACUACUACAGGAGAGACAAUGUCCCAAACAGCCACAGGUGUGACCAUCUCUCAAACUAUUGCAGUAGAGAUGAUGUCCCAAAGUACAACAGUGGAGACUCAGUCCCAGAAGACAUCAAGAGAGACUACAGUGCAAACAACUGCAGGAGAGACCAUGUCCCAGAGAACAGCAGGAGAGACAACGGCUCAAUCUACUACAGGAGAGUCCACAUCCAGAGCAAAUGCAGGAGGGAGCACGGUCCAAUCAAAUGGAGGUGAGAGAACAUCUCAAACUACUGCUGGUGACAAGACAUCCAAAACGACUACAAGAGAGACAAUGUCCCAAACUCCUGCAGGAGAAACCACAUCUAUACCUACUGAAGGAGAGACCACAUCUCAACCUACAACAGGACAGACAAUGUCCCAAACUACUGCAGGAGAGACCACGUCCCAGAGUACAACAGGAGAGAUGAUGUCUCAAUCUAUCACAGGAGAGACCAUGACCCAAACAAUUGCACCAGUGACAUCAGCCCAAGCAACUACAGAGGAGCUGACAUCUGAAACUAUUUCAGUAGUGACAAUAUCCCAAACUCCUGUAGAACAGACCAUGUUCCAAUCUUCAACUGAAGAGAUCACAUUCAAAACUACAACAGGAGAGACUAUGUCCCAAUCUACAGCAGUAGAGACCACAUCCCAAAAUACUGCACCUGAGAUCACAUCUGAAUCUACUACAGGAGAGACAAUGUCCCUAACUGCCAUAGGUGAGACCAUCUCCCAAACUAUUGCAGUAGAGAUGAUCUCCAAAAGUACAACAGUGGAGACUCAGUCCCAAAGUACAUCAAGAGAGACUACAGUGCAUACUACUGCAGGAGAGACAACGUCCAGUAUUAAUGCAGGAGAGAGCACGGCCCAUUCUACUGGAGGAGAGACAACAUCACAAACUAGUGCUGGAGAGAUGGCUACUGAAAUUGCUAUUGGAGAGACAAUGUCCCAAACUCCAGCAGGAGAAAUCACAUCCAUAACCACAGAAGGAGAGACCACAUCCCAACGUACAACACGGCAGAUAUUGUUUCAAACUACGGCAGGAGAGAUCAUAUCCCAAACUUCUGAAGGUGCGACAACAUCCCAAACUAUCACAGAAGAGAGCUUGUCUCAAACUACAAUAGGACAGACGAUAUCCCAAAUUACUGCAGGAGAGACAACAGCCGAAACGACUGCAGCAGAGAACACCGCCCAGACUUCUGCAGGAGAGACAACGAUAAAAACUACUAGAGGAGAGAUCGUGUCUCCAACUACUGCAGAAGAGACUACAUCACGAACUAUUGAAGUAGAGACCAUGUCCCAAUCUACAACAGGAAAUAUAAUUUCCCAAAGUACUGAAGAAGAAAGCACAUCUAAAAUUACCAUAGGAGAGACCGCGUCCCAAACUACUACAGGAGAGACCAUGCCCGUAAUUACAACAGGGGAGAUGAUGUCUCAAUCUACUACAGGAGAGACCACAACCCAAAUUACUGAAAGAGAGAUCACAUCUGAAACUGCUACAGGAGAGACAAAGUCCCAAACUACAACAGUUGAGACAACGCCCCAAACUACUGCAGUAGAGAUCUUAUUCCAAACUACUGCAGGGGUGAUGAUUUCCCAAAGUACAACAGGAAAGACUACAGUCCACACUAUUGCAGGAGAGACCGGGUCCCAGAGUCCAACAGGAAAUAGAAUGUCUCAAUCUAUUACUGGAGAGACCACAUCCAGAACUAUUGCAGGAGAGACUACGGCCCAUUCUACUGGAGGUGAGACAACAUCCCAAACUACUGCUGAAGUGACCAAGGCCCAAAGUACUACAGUAGAGACAACAUCUCUAAGUCCAGAAGGAAAGAUCACAUCGCAACAUACAACGGGACAAACAUCCUCCCAAACUACUUCACGAAAGAUUGUGUCCCAAACUACUGAAGGAGAAACAACAUCUCAAACGAUCACAGAUGAGACUAUGUCUCAAACAACAGGGCGCAUGAUGUCCCAAACUGCACCAGAUACCACAGCCCAAACUACUGCCGGAGAGACCACAGCACAAACUCAGAAAGGAGAGACAACAUUAAAAACUACCACAGGAGAGACCACGACCCAAACUACUGUAGGAGAGACCACAUUCCUAACUACUGAAGGAGUGAUCAUGUCACAAUCUAUAACUGGAAAAAUAAUUUCCCAAAGUACUGACGAAGAAUCCACGUCCACAACUACUGUAGGAGAUACCACGUCCCAAAUUAUUGCAGGAGGGACCAUGUCCCAGAGUACAACAGGAGAGACGAUGUCUCAAUCUACUACAGUAGAGACAACAUCGCAAACUACUGCAGGAGAGACCACAGCUCAAAUUACUGCAGGAGAGAUGAUGUCCCAAACUACAGUAGGAGAGUCUAUGUCCCCAAGUACAACAGGAGAGACCACACCCAAUACUUCUGAAAGAGAAACCAUAUCCCAAAGUAUGACAGGAAGGACAAUGUCCCAAACUGCAACAGGUGAGACGAUGGCCCAAACUACAACAGGAGAGACAAUGUUCCAAAUUACUACAGGAGAGAUCAUGUCAAAAACUACCACCGGAGAGAUCAGGUCCCAAAGUACUGCAGGCGAGACCACAUAUCUAAUUACUGAAGGAGAGACCAUAUCCCACCCUACAACAGGACAGACAUCAUCCCAAACUACUGCAGGAGAGAUAAUGUCCCAAACUACUAAAGGAGAGACCAGAGCCCCAACUAGUAAAGGAGACACCAUGUCCCAAAGUACAACAGGAAAAGUCAUAACCCAAAGUACUGGAGGAGAAUCCUCCUCCCAAACUAUUGCAGUAGACAGCAGGUCCCAAACUACCAUGGAAGGGAUCAUAUCCCUAACUACUGCAGGAGAGACCACAUUUCAAACUACUGCAGGAUCGACCAUGGCUCAAACUACUGCCAGAGCGAUGAUGCCCCAAUCUACAGCAGAAAACCCAAUGUCCCAAAGAACAACUGGAGGGGCCGCAAACCAAACUACUGCAGGAGAGACAAUGUCAAAAACGACCACAGGAGAAAUCAUGUCCCUCUCUACUACAGGAGAGAUCACAUCCUUAACUACUGCAGGAGAGAUUAUGUCCCUAUCUACAACAGGAAGAAUUAUUUCCCAAAGUUCUGAAGAAGAAUCCACAUUCCAAACUAUUGCAGGAAAGAUCAAGCCCCAAAGUACAACAAGAGAGACCACAUCCCAAUCUACUGCAGGAGAGAUGAUGUCACAAGCUGGAACAGGAGAGAACACAACCCAAACUUUCACCAAACAGGUCAUAUCCCAAACAACUCUGACUGAGGCACCCCAAACUUCUCCAACUGUGAUCACAUCCCCAAAACCAAUCAAUAUACCAUCUACUUUUACCACAAGCAACUCUUCAUUCACAACAAGGACGACUCCCACACCAACUUUAACAUUAACUUCAUCAAGCAUACCAAACUCAUUCACAAUUGCUACCACAGCAAGCACCAUAGCAAGCACAUUUACCUCACCACAUACAAUGGCAAUGACAAUCAAAAGACCAACCUCAUCGAGGAUUACCAACAAAACCACUCCAGUUACAGCUACUACAGCAAACUCACCACUCACAAGGACCACAAUAACUGCAACCACCAGUGCUGCCACACCAAAUACCAGAACAUCCUCAGUUACGACAACCAUCAGAUCUGCAAAUACCUCCACAACCAUCAGACCUACCACUUCCGCUACAGCUAUCACAACUACCACUGCCACAACCAUUGCUUCAUCCAAUUCCUCCACACCCAACACACCAAGAACUUCUACAACAAUCACACCAACCACAUCCAUCACAACCACCACACCAACCAUCACCACCAAAACCGUCACUUCAACCACAGCCAACAAACCAAUCAUUACCGCCAUACUAGGCAAGGUCACCAACCAAACCACUACCACCAAACCAGUGAAAAUUACCACAACUCCUACAGCUAUUAGACCAAGCACCACUGAAUCUACGCCUGAUCCAUCCUGUGUACCCGUGAAGUUAAUUCGUGUGAAUUUGAUCAGAGUAAAAAGUCGUGAAAUUUCGAUUUCCUGGGAAACGUCUUUAAAUGUCAAAGUUAUUUAUAACGCCACUCUCUUCAUAGCUGAUGCUCAAAUCUCCAGUUUUGUGACAUAUAAGAAAAAGGCAAUAUUUAGAGAUCUACAAUUGGCUGUGCAAUACCGAGUUGUUGUUACGGUGAGAACUUGCGAUCAGCCACACACCAUCCAGAGAACAAUCAUAACAAGUUCCAAAGCUUUGGAAGCAAAAACAAGAAUUAUAAACAGAGAGUUUAUACAAGCAUAUGAAGACAGGAAUAGUCCUGAAUAUAAAGGAUUUGCUAACAAAUUCAUUCAAGAUAGGGAGACAGUUGUCAACCCGGGCUAA